AUGUCGAAUGCCGAUAUGUUUCACGCGGAGGCUUCGUUAUCUGCCAUUGCAGGACGGCUGGACCAGAUAGAGUCUGCGCUGAGAGAACAUUCGAAUGCUCUCAGCCAGCUAAGAACCGCACAUACAGCGGCUGAAUCCGCCUUGACGCCCAUGCAUUGCAAGAUCAGACCUAUCACUCCCUCAGUGUCUGUUUUACAUCGCCCGCCGGAUCUGGCCGGGACUUCCCGAAUUUCAAAGACAGUAGAUAUACCUCCGAUGACUAUACCACUAUGGCACUCAACAACCACCGGAUCCCUGUUGUCCUGCCCUUUAGUGAGACCACUCCUGGGCGAUUACCCAAGUGAUGUUUUUCUUCGGAUAGAGGAGCGCCGAACGCUACCCGAUCAGUUGAAAGUAACAUUGCAAUCGAGGAUCACUCCAGAGAAGCCAUUAUUGAAUCGUGCGACGACAGAUAGCCUAAUGGAUGUUUACUUCCAAACAGUCAACCUGCAACAUCCGAUUCUCUCCGUUGAGGACUGCAUCGCGCAUUACCACUCGGUGGUAUCGGAACCUUUGCAGGCGUCUUUAGAGACCGGCUUCGUGCUAUUGAUGCUGGCAUUAGCAGAAGCUGCGACAAUGCAACCUCCGAAAAGUCUUGAUGCAGACUGGUAUCCUGGAAGUGUCUACCUCUUGCCGGCAUUGUCUAUCAUUCUAGACGCUUACUUGAAUACGGCUAUCCAUACGCCUGCCCUUCCGCAAUGUCUGUAUCUUGCCGCCCUGUAUUACAACUAUCUCGCUCGACCACUCGAUGCUUGGAAGCUUGUUCACAUGGCAUCCACCAGCUUCCAGCGACUCUGGCUAAGCGAUCUCAUUGAAGAGCAUCACCUGCCACGAAGUGGUAUUGAGAACCUCGUUGAUAGGUUACAUCUUCCACUAUGCGGGGAUCCUCCGACUCCAUCAUUACUUGCCUGGCUAGCUGAGCUGUCGGCACGUCGACUUCUGAAUCGCUAUCUUCUCCAAGCAGACUACGUGACAAGGGAUGAAUGCAGGGGACGAGAGGAAGGAGUUAUCAUCCGACUAAUGAGUUCUAGCCUGAAUGUUUCAGUGGAGCUGGAUGUGCAGUUAAACAACUGGUACGAUUUGAUUCCGCAAAGUAUUAAGUCUGACUUGGCCCAAACAAACCUCUCCACUCGAGACGCCAUGAUAGCUCUUUGUCAUCAUUCCGCGAAGGACAUAAUCUUUCGCCCAUUUUUCCUUUUUGCAUGCAGUUUUCCUUCGGACAUUCGUCUUCCACAGCCCUUACUUGAAAUCUGCCAAACGACUGUCUAUAGCUGCAGUCAAUAUAUUCGGGUUGCUGCAAGGAGAUUCAGCGAGCCAUCUUCGUCAACGGAAAUUAUCAUCCAUUCGUGA